CUUCAACAAAAACAAAUGUUAAAGCUUUUUGAAUGGCUUCGAAAUUUGACUCCUUUACAAAGAGAAAAAGUGCUUUGCUUCUUGGCUAUAGGUUUUAAGCGUUAUGCCGCUCAAUUUAUUAAUGGAUUAGAAGAGAGGCACACAAAUAGAAAAAAUCAUCGAAAUAUUUCAACUAAACAUAACAAUUUAUCAAUUUAUUUGGCACUUCAAUUAAAGAAAAAUGCUUUCCUUUUUUCUUCUCAACAAAAAAUCUUGCCUCGUUCGCCUCCUUUUAAUUGCCCAAAAUGUGGAUUUUCUUCGAGAAGGUUACGCCCAGUUAUGAGACAUUUAUGUACGAGACGUGCACAUGAAUAUAAAAAUGUUAUUCAUACAGCUACUUUGGGUUUUCGAAGUCGUUGCCGUGAUGCUUUGGCAAUUAUGGAACGUAUUCCCUAUCCACAAAGAAUUAAAUAUUUGGAAAACGAUGAAAAGGAAAAAGAAUUGUUUUUACUAGUUUCUAAUAAAUUAAAGCAACCAAAGACGCUUCGAGAAAUUGCCGGAAAUUUUGUCCACAAUUUGUUUGGCUUGGAUAACACUAAUUGCAUUUUUGUUGAAACAAAUUCAUUUUGGUGUCAGGGAAAAGUAUCUUUAUCUUCAUUGACAACUUCAACGACAGAAGAAGAUGUGGAAAAGGAGGGAAACGAAAAGGAAGUGGAAAAGGAUGAAGGAAAUGAAGAAGAACAUAUUGGGGUUGAGGGAGGAAAGGAAAUGGAAGAAGAAAGGAGGGAGGAAGAGAAGGAAGAUAUAAAUGAAGCAAGGGAGGAGGAAGGAAUGGAAGUAGUAAAUGAAGAAGGGAAGGAAGAAGCAAAGUUUGGAAACGAAAAUAAUGAAAAAGAAAAACAACAAAAUCCUAAAACCUAUUCUGAUGGAAAUGCUUAUUUUUGUCGAAUGUGUGCUCAUCUAUUUGGUCAAAAAAGUGAUUGGACUAGUCAUUUAUGUAAUAAUAAAUACUUGAAAAAUGAUGAAGAAAAAGAACCUUUGGAAAUUCAGGUAAAGGAGGGGCUAAUUCUGAUUUAA